AUGGAAGGGCUUGGCGUAGCGGCAAGCGUUAUCGCCGUCAUCGACCUGUCGGCGAAGGUCGCCUCGGCCCUUAUCCGAUAUUCCAAGGACGUUAGGAGUGCGCGGGACGAUAUUGAACGGCUGAAAAGGGGAGCAGAUGGUCUAGACAAGGCGUCAAGGAGGGUCCAGCGGCUCCUGGAUGGUCCUAACCGGGCAACCCUCGAAGGCGCCCAAGAAAUGCGCGAUCUUCUAAACGACAGCCGAUUGCAACUUGACCAGCUGGUGAAGGAGCUUGACCCAGGGAAAGGACGUAAGGCAAUGAGUCGUUUCGGCUUUCGUUCCCUGGAAUGGCCGCUAAAGAGCAAGGACGUUGAGAAAAUCGCCCAGGACCUCGGGAAUAGGAGGCAGGCCAUCUUUUCCUAUCUACAAGCGGCUCUCAUCCUCGACGCGGAUCAGAAAAGAGCGCUCGACAAACUCCCUGUCGCUGACGGUGCCACAUUCGACUCCCACGCCGAGGGGGAGGGAGCGACAUGCUACCCCAGCACCCGAGUCCAUCUUCUUAGCCAGAUCGACGAGUGGGCCGACAGUCGAACCGCCGAGGCUAUCUUCUGGCUCAAUGGCAUGGCUGGAACCGGAAAGUCGACCAUUUCCCGCACCGUCGCUCGAGCUAUGUUCAAGAAAGGACAGCUUGGGGCCAGCUUCCUCUUCAAGAGGGGCCACGGUGACCGCGGCAAGGCGACCCGGUUCUUCACAACAAUUGCGGCCCAGCUUGUUCUAAAGGAACCCGCAAUGGCCGCGCAUGUCCGCAAUGCGAUCGACUCUGGUGUGCUGGGGAAGACAAUGGGAGAGCAGUUUGAGAAGCUCAUUCUGGCACCGCUGUCCGAGAUCCCCCAUGACGCCCGGAGGUCACAGCGACUCGUUAUUGUGGUUGAUGCGCUGGAUGAGUGUGAUGACGAGAAUGACCAGGUAAGUCGCAUGAUUGGUCAUUUAUUUCGCGUCAAGACACUGCAGUCGGUGCAGCUGAAGAUCUUCGUUACGAGUCGGCCUGAGCUACACAUUCGCUUCGGCUUCAAGACUGUUAACGAUGCGUACGACGGUAUAAUUCUCCAUGAGAUUCCCCGACCUGUAAUCGAGAAAGACAUUCGAGCAUUUCUCACGAUUGAGCUCGCGAGAAUCAGAGAUCGCUACAACGUCAUGGCCCUUAGUGGCUUUCAGCUCCCCUCGGAUUGGCCUGGCCCGUCGAAAAUCGAGACCCUCGUGACGAUGGCCGUUCCCCUGUUCAUCUUUGCCGCCACCGUGUGUCGUUUUGUCCAAGGAAACGAGUCUCCAGAGAUACAGCUGGCAAAAUUCUUGCGGUAUCGCUCCAUGUCCCAACUCGACGCGACAUAUCUUCCGGUUCUGAAUCAGCUGGUGCCGCGUGUCGAUGAUUCCGAGAGGAGCGAUGUGAUAGAGGGAUUUCGAGAGCUUAUCGGCCCAAUUGUUCUUCUUCGAACCCCACUCUCACCCAGUUCUCUCGAAGGCCUUAUCCAAGUUCGCAGGGACGUUAUUUACGACCGGUUGCAGUUGCUCCACUCCGUCCUGAGCAUAUCGCCCGAUAUCGACACUCCCAUCACAACGUUCCACUUGUCCUUCCGGGAGUUCCUUGUCGCCCCUAACAAGCGCGCGACGAACCCCUUCUGGGUGGAUGAGAAGGAGACCCACAAAAGGUUGGCAGCAAACUGCCUACGACUUUUGGACAAGCACCUCCGCGCAGACGUUUGCGCGUUGAAAUGGCCCGGAACAGCUCGCUCAGCCGUGGAUCCCCAAACGAUUAAUAAAGCCCUACUGGCUGAGGUCCAGUAUGCAAGCCUAUAUUGGGUAUACCACACGGAGCAAGCAAACGAUCGCCUUCAAGACGGCGGCCAGGCCCACAACUUCCUCCGCGUUCACUUCCUCCACUGGCUAGAGGCACUUAGCCUUAUAGGACAAGCAUCGGAGGCCAUUACCCUAAUUCAAGCGCUAGAGGCGCUUCUCAAGCCCGAAGCUAGCACGUCGAUUUCAAGAUUUCUCGCUGAUGCGACCCGGUUUGUCCAAGCAAACAUUGUAGCCAUUAAGGCAGCACCACUUCAAGCUUACUCCUCAGCCCUUGUUUUUGCCCCGGAGAUGAGCAUAGUGAAGGAAACCUUCCGAGAUAGAGUUCCUGCGUGGCUAGCUCUUCCGCCAAAAGCGGAUACGGAGUGGAGUGUGUGUUUACAGACGCUCGAGGGCCAAUGGGGGGACGUUAAUUCGGUGGCCUUCUCGCCCGACGGCACGCAGGUCGCUUCGGGAUCGGACGACAAUACGGUACGGAUCUGGCAGGCCAAGACGGGCGAGUGCACACAGAUAUUCAAGGGCCAUGGCGGGAACGUUACGUCAGUGGCCUUCUCGCCCGAUGGUACACAUAUCGUUUCAGGGUCGUCGGAUAAAACGGUACGGAUCUGGCAGGUCAAGACAGGUGAGUACGAGUGCGUCCAGACUCUCAAGGGCCAUGGCAGGGACGUUACGUCAGUGGCCUUCUCGCCCGACGGCAUGUACAUUAUCUCAGGGUCAUGGGAUGAAACUGUACAGAUCUGGCAGGUCAAGACGGGCAAGUGCAUACAGGCGCUUAAGGGCUGUAGCAGGGACAUAAAUUCGGUGGCCUUCUCGCCUGACGGCAUGCAUGUCGUUUCAGGGUCGUUGGAUAAUACGGUAUGGGUCUGGGAGGUUAAGACGGGCAAGUGCGUACAGACACUUGAGGGCCAUAGCGGGUUCGUUACGUCAGUAGCCUUCUCGCGUGACGGCAUGCACAUCGUUUCGGGGUCAUGGGAUAAUACGGUACGGAUCUGGCAGGUUAAGAUAGGCGAGUGCAUACAGACGCUCAAGGGCCAUCGCUGGUCUGUUAGCUCGGUGGCUUUCUCACCUGACAGCAUGCACAUCGUUUCAGGGUCAUGGGAUAAAACAGUACGGAUCUGGCAGGUCAAGACAGGCGAGUGUGUACAGACGCUCAAGGGCCAUCGCUGGUCUGUUAGCUCGGUGGCUUUCUCACCUGACAGCAUGCACAUCGUUUCAGGGUCAUGGGAUAAAACAGUACGGAUCUGGCAGGUCAAGACAGGCGAGUGUGUACAGACGCUCAAGGGCCAUGGGGCCGUUAGCUCGGUAGCCUUCUCGCCCAAUGGCAUGCGUAUCGUUUCGGGGUCAUGGGAUAAAACAGUACGGAUCUGGCAGGUCAAGAUGGGCGAGUGUAUACAGGCGCUCAAGGGCCAUGGCGAGGCUGUUAACUCGGUGGCUUUCUCACCUGACGGUAUGCACAUUGUUUCGGGGUCAUCUGAUAACACGGUACGAAUCUGGCAGGUCAAGACGGGCGAGUGUGUACAGACGCUCCAGUGCCAUGAGGCCGUUAGCUCGGUGGCCUUCUCCCCCGAUGGCACACACAUCGGUUCGGCAUUGAAGGACAACACGGUACGGAUCUGGCAGGUCAAGACGAGCGAGUGCGUCCAAGCAGUCGAUAUUGGCGUGGCGAGUCAGCGCCUAGCGUUUGAGCCGGACGGCUUACAUGUACUUACGGAUGUUGGUGCCAUCAUCGUCGAUCCAUCUAUAGUCGUCAAUACUGCUUCGGAGCCUCGUCAGAAGAGUGCUUCGACCAUAUCGCGUCCCGACGAUAGCAGUACCGGUUCCGGUUACGAAGACGGUUUCGGUACCGGUCCUGGAGAGGGCUACAGCAACGACCAGGAUACCGGCCACGGUGGCGGCCAUGCCGAGCGCCGGUUUGAGUACGGCUUUAGCACCGACUCGUGCUGGGUCACGUGGCACGGAAAGAACCUGCUUUGGCUACCGGCCGAGUUCCGACCGGUAUGCUCGGCCGUGGCCGCGUCAGCCGUUGCGAUCGGAUGCAGCUCGGGACGAGUAGUUGUGAUGAGCUUCUCGUCCGACAGACUCCCCAUCUAG